UGAUCAUAUGACUUUAGCAAGCUGCAGCACAGCAAUGCGACUGAUGUCUACUGUAACUCUGACUGUCUUCUAUGCAUUAAUAUGUUGCUCCGUCACAGAAAAGACAUCAAAUGUUUCAUCUCCAAACAUUAUCAUCUUGCUCAUGGAUGACAUGGGUUGGGGGGACUUGGGGGUGUUUGGCCAGCCUUCUAAAGAGACCCCCAACCUGGAUGCCAUGGCUGCCCAAGGCAUGCUGUUCCCAAAUUUCUACACCGCAAACCCACUCUGUUCCCCAUCCAGAGCUGCACUUCUCACCGGGAGGCUGCCUGUCAGAAACGGUUUCUACACCACGAAUGCCCACGCGAGAAACGCAUACACACCACAGGAGAUAGUGGGAGGAAUCUCUAAGGAUGAGAUUUUGAUUCCCCAGAUGCUGAAGAAAAAGGGCUAUGUCAGCAAGAUAGUUGGCAAAUGGCAUCUGGGCCACAGACCUCAGUACUUGCCUCUGGAGAAUGGUUUUGAUGAGUGGUUUGGUGCGCCGGACUGCCACUUUGGCCCUUACAACAGCAGUAUCAGACCCAACAUCCCUGUCUACAACAACUCUGAGAUGCUUGGCAGAUACUAUGAGGAGUUUAAGAUUGACAGGAAGACUGGAGAGUCCAACCUCACACAGAUGUACUUGGUGGAAGGUCUUGACUUCAUAGUCCGUCAGACUGAGGCCCAGCGUCCCUUUUUCCUCUACUGGGCAGCGGACGCCACUCACGCCCCUGUCUAUGCCUCCAAACGCUUCCUAGGGAAGAGCGAGCGAGGCCGAUAUGGUGAUGCAGUGAUGGAGCUAGACUACAGCGUCGGUCAGAUCCUGUCAUUGCUGCAGAGUCAGGGCAUCGAAAAUAAUACCUUUGUCUUCUUCACAUCAGACAAUGGAGCUGCUCUAAUAUCUUCUCCAAACGAAGGCGGGAGCAACGGGCCGUUCCUCUGCGGGAAGGAGACCACCUUUGAAGGGGGCAUGAGGGAGCCAGCCAUUGCCUGGUGGCCUGGACACAUCAAAGGAGGCACGGUGAAUAUCCAGUUGGCCAAUGUGAUGGACCUGUUCACCACCAGUCUGGCUCUGGCCGGCAUCAGCCCUCCUGAUGCCAGAGCCCUGGAUGGACUGGACUUGACACCAGUCCUGCUGAACCGCUCACAUGCACUCCAAAGCAGGCCGAUCUUCUAUUACCGUGGGAAUGAGCUGAUGGCUGUGAGACUUGGAGAAUACAAGGCACACUACUGGACCUGGAGCAACUCAUGGGAAGAGUUUAACAACGGCAUCAACUUCUGUCCAGGUCAAGAGGUCCCGGGCGUGACUACUCACGACCAGAAAGAGCACACACUGCAGCCAAUCAUUUUCCACCUGGGGCAGGAUCCUGGGGAAAAGUACCCCAUCAGUGUUUUGACUAAGGAGUACCAGGAUGUGCUGAGCAGGAUCUCUCCAGUAGUGGAGCAGCAUAAGAAGACUCUGGUGCCGGGUUUUCCCCAGCUCAACAUGUGUGACGUGGCGGUGAUGAAUUGGGCCCCUGCAGGCUGUGAGAAGUUAGGAAAGUGUUUCAAAGUGCCCAAGUCUAAGCCCUGGAAGUGUGACUGGCCCCACUGAGACGAAGAGGAACCAAAACCUAAAGAUGUGCCUUUCUGCAGAACAACAAACAACUGAUUAUUUAAAAAGAUGCGUCUUUACAUUCUUUGUAAAAUGGGUCAUGUGCUAAGCUAAAAAGAAGGACAUGGUCAAAUUAAGGGAAUAAUGUUGGUACAACAACAUCAUAUUAAUUAUGCAAAUAGCUUUUUAAAUUUGUGAUUUUAAUGAACAAGUUUUACCUGUUGUGGAAAAAAACUGCAUCACGAGCCACUAGUUUAAGUCAGGACUCAUUUUAAUGGUGUAGAGCAGAUAGGGAUGUAUUUAUUUUGAUCAUGCCUAAUGUAAUGAAUUAUACCAUUUUGGAUUUUUGGAUUAGUUUUGUAUCCUUCUUACAUGCAUACUGCAAAACAUGUUUUUAAUAAAAAAAUCUAUUUUUAAUACAUUGUAUCAUGACUAU